GGAGGCCGAGCCACGCCGGGGCGGUGCUGCCUGCCCGGCCCUGCCCGCGGCGGGGAGGUGCUGGGCCCGCCCCUACCUCGGGCCUUACGGGAAGUGAUAUUGCCUUGACGGAAAAGGCGCGCUCGGAGCCCAAAAAAGGGCAGGUGAGGAGGGACGAGGAGCUGCGGGAGUCCCGGCGGCAGCGAGCAGAUGAGAAAUGGCUCUUUUUGCAUGACUAUGGUAUUCGAGACAUCUGAACUGUGUCAGGAAGCUCAUCACUGAAGUACCCCUGGAAAAAUACAGACCCAUUUGCAGCUCUUAAGCAUAGGUGUCUUCUGAAUUUUCACUAUGUCUGAUGGGGACUAUGAUUACCUCAUAAAAUUUCUAGCACUCGGUGAUUCCGGAGUAGGAAAGACCAGCCUUCUUUACCAAUAUACAGAUGGCAAAUUUAAUUCCAAGUUUAUCACAACUGUGGGCAUUGACUUUCGGGAAAAGAGAGUGGUGUAUAGACCCAAUGGGCCCGAUGGCGUUGGUGGCAGAGGACAGAGAAUACAUCUUCAGCUCUGGGAUACUGCGGGGCAGGAAAGGUUUCGUAGCUUGACGACAGCUUUCUUCAGAGAUGCCAUGGGUUUUCUUCUACUCUUUGAUCUGACAAAUGAGCAAAGCUUUCUGAACGUCAGGAACUGGAUAAGUCAGCUACAAAUGCAUGCGUAUUGUGAAAACCCUGACAUUGUAUUAUGUGGUAACAAGUGUGAUCUGGAAGACCAAAGAAUGGUGAAAGAAGAAGAGGCUAAAGAACUUGCUGAAAAAUAUGGGAUACCAUAUUUUGAAACGAGUGCAGCUAAUGGGAAUAAUGUCAGCAAAGCCAUUGAAACUCUGCUCGACCUCAUUAUGAAGCGCAUGGAACGGUGUGUAGAUAAAUCCUGGAUCCCAGAAGGAGUAGUGCGCUCCAAUGGGCACAGCUCUACAGAACAACUGAAUGAGGAGGAAGAAAAAGGCAAAUGUGCCUGUUAACUCAGUUAUAAUUAAGUUUAAUGUAUAUGAUAAAAUAUCGUACAGUUGCAGCUUGUUUAACUUAUGGACAAAUCAUACUGUUUAGUUAUUUUAAGACCUGUAUUAAUUCCUGAUACUAAUUUUGGUUUUUUUCCUCUCAAACAACAUUGACCUUUGUGUUCAAGGUAUGCAGUUUAUUAGUGAUGUGACACAGGUUUAAUUUGAUGUAGCACUGGAUAUUCCUCUAAUUCUCCCCUUUGAGCAGAAGAGGAGGAAUUUUCAUUACCAUAUUUAGAAACAUUUCUCUGUAUGAGUACACUUCUGAAUUGAAAGAAUUUUCAAUUGCCCUUUGAAAGCUCUAUUAACUACACAGACAAGGCAUUUAGGUUACAUAUUGUGAUAGCUCUCAGUCGCUACUAACAGCGAAUUUACCAACAGGUUCUUGGUUUUGAACAGAAACAUUUAAUCAUUUCCUCACUCCCUCAAACAAUCAGUUUCUAGUGAUGAAAAAAUAAAGCAAGCUAUUUGGUAAAGAAUAAAAAACUACAGAGAAGCAUGGGGAUGCAUAUGUAGAGCGCUUUGGGUAUGUCAUAAAAUUGAACAUGUAAACUACAACUGUACCAUAUUCAAUAUGUCCAACACAGCCUAUGAGACCUCCUGACAUAAUUUGAAUUUCUAGAAUAUGCAUAUACAUAUAUGUAAAUGACAUAACUGUACAUCUGUUAUGUUUCUUUUACGUUGCUACUUACGUUUUAUCAGGAAUGUAGGGCACCCUAGAUGUCAGCAAAAUUUCCUGAAUUUGUUUUGUGAAACACAGAUUUGGAAUGUUUCUUCAAAUUUGGAUUGAAAAAGGAAUGAUGAUUGUAUUCUGGUGAGAUGCAGCUAAGAUACCAGUUCUGUCUAGAUCAGUAUUUCUAUAAAUUUAGAAUGCUUGUUUUUCUGCCAAACUUGUGUCCUCUACAUCUUGGUUAUCACGUAUUCAAUUAUGGCUUGUUCAUGUCCUUUAGAUUGUAUUAAAGAGCUGUUUUUCUUCUUUUUGCUCCCCUACAGAUCACAUGAAAGUCAGUUUUGGUUUCACUGGAUUAUGUUACUCUUUGAUCAUUUUAUUUAUUCAUACAACUUAAGGAACAAUCAGUAUUUUUGGGUCUUUUUUUUUUUCAGAUUGAUUUGUAAGAUGUGCCUACCAAAUGGUUUUCUGCUCUGGCAGAGGUUGUGUUGCCAAUUAGGGUCAUAAUAUGCCAAAUUGAUUGUUACAGGCUUUCCACAGCAGUUUGUUUACAAAACUCCAAAGCUAUUACUUCUUUAGAAAUUAUGUAUUUAUUUAUUUAAAUAGUCUAACUACUGCAAUGUCAGGCAAACAUUGUUACCAGCUGUGAACAUGAAUUGCAGCGUAACAAAUUUUAUUGAAGGACCAAAAAAGCAUCUAGAUAGGACCUAAUACAAAAAAAAAGUAGCCUCUGAUUACAUUAAUAAUACAAGAAUAAGUGUUAAAACUUGGUUCUUAAAAUAUUUUAAGAAGUAGUGCAUUGUUACUAAAUACAACAUGUAAAUAUGAAAUUUUUAUUAUAGACUACAGAGACUAUUUUAGAAGUGCAAUAUAAUUUGACUGCUCUGGGGCUAGGACAGAGAUUAAAGCAAUUUAUAUUGAAUAAAUAGGGGCACUUUUUUUCUACAAUACCAAGAUUCUAAAAUGCUUGUGGACCGGAUUUACUGUAUUUUAACUCAGUGCCUUUUGAAAUUACCAUCAUGUUUUUGACUAGUAGAGUAUCAAACUACUGUAGGAUACAAUAUGUUUCCAUGUACUUCAGUGUCUGAAUUUCUUUUCAUGUAACUCAGCUUUUCAGAGGGUUGCAGUGGAACUUUGUCAUGCAUUGCCUUUAAUGGGAGUUUUUCUGCUAGUGGCUCUAUCCAGUUCGUGAAAACAGUAAGGAUUAUCGCAACCUACUCGUUAGUUGACUACUGAAAUGGUGUAAAAUAUUUCCUUUCCAAUGUCUAUGUUUAGAUUGGAUAUGAAAUACUGAAACUGUCAUAUUUUUUGUCAUGCAUAUUAUAUGUUACCAUUUACUGUAUAAAGAGUAUAUAUAAAAUUGUUUUGAUAUCAGCCUUUGAAAUGUGCUGUAAGAAUUAUGUUUGAAUUAUUCCAUGACACAACUUUUGUUCCCUUUUUAAGUCUCAUGGGAAAUCAUGGUAAACGUCUCUUGACAGUGAAUUACCUUAUUCUUCCUAGUCUAGCUCUGGUUUUAAAGAAAGCAAACAAAGAAUUCUAAUGUGAUGACAAGCUGUAAUGAGAAAUUUCAAGAAAAGUUGUUUCCAUCUAGUGUCAGAUGAAAAUGUUGAUCUGUAAUGGAACAAAGUUUUGGAAAGGAUUUCCAUUAUGAUGCUUUGUCCCAGGAUUUCUUAUUAAUAUAAAAUAUUUAAACAUUCCUGA